UCGCUGCCGUUGACUCCGAAACUUGUCAUUUCCACUGCUUUCCGCUUUAUCGAACCCUAAAUUUUCUUCGCUGAUGCAGACUCAGUGCACCUGGUCAUGCCACCAUGAGGUGCUCGGUGCGCUGAGAUCGAAAUCCUCGUCCCUCUUCGCUUCCUCCAGGCAACUACUGCGCCAGUACGCCGCCGGGAGCCGGAGCCGCCGCCGCCGGCCGCCCUCGUUCGCAGCCAUGUCCACCGUCGCCACCGAGAAGGAGGCCUCUCCGAACCAGAAGGAGUCGAGCGGCAAGCCCUUGCAGGUUGCAAAGCGCUUGGAGAAGUUUAAAACAACAAUAUUUACACAAAUGAGUAUGCUUGCCAUCAAACAUGGAGCCAUAAAUCUCGGACAGGGCUUCCCCAACUUUGAUGGACCUGAAUUUGUAAAGGAAGCAGCAAUUCAAGCAAUUCGGGAUGGCAAGAACCAAUAUGCUCGGGGCUAUGGAAUACCAGACUUGAACUCUGCUAUUGCUGCUCGGUUCAAGAAAGACAGUGGCCUUGUGGUGGACCCUGAGACGGAAGUUACUGUUACCUCUGGUUGCACCGAGGCAAUCGCUGCAACUAUAUUAGGAUUGAUAAAUCCUGGUGAUGAAGUGAUCCUCUUUGCUCCUUUUUAUGACUCUUAUGAAGCCACUCUGUCUAUGGCUGGUGCUGAUAUAAAAUGCAUCACACUGUGCCCCCCGGAUUUUGCCAUCCCGAUUAAUGAGCUCAGGUCUGCAAUAUCAAAGAAAACCCGUGCAAUUCUCAUGAACACUCCCCAUAACCCUACUGGAAAGAUGUUCACUCGGGAGGAGCUUAAUGAGAUUGCUUCUCUCUGCAUUGAAAAUGACGUUUUGGUUUUCUCUGAUGAGGUCUAUGAUAAGCUGGCUUUUGAGAUGGAGCACAUUUCCGUGGCCUCUCUUCCAGGGAUGUAUGAACGAACAGUGACCUUGAAUUCCUUGGGGAAGACAUUCUCAUUGACCGGAUGGAAGAUUGGAUGGGCUAUUGCUCCUCCGCACUUGACGUGGGGAGUGCGGCAGGCGCACUCUUUCCUCACAUUUGCUACCAACACCCCGGGACAGUGGGCCGCCGCCGCUGCACUGAGAACCCCUGAUUCUUACUAUGUGGAGUUAAAGAGGGAUUAUGCAGCAAAGAAGCAAAUUUUGGUGGAGGGAUUGAAGGAGGCUGGUUUUAAGGUAUUCCCUUCAAGCGGCACAUACUUUGUGGUUGUAGAUCAUACCCCUUUUGGUCUGGAAAAUGAUAUCGCGUUCUGCGAAUUCUUGAUCAAAGAAGUUGGAGUGGUGGCGAUCCCAACUAGCGUAUUUUACUUGAACCCGGAGGAGGGUAAGAACAUUGUAAGAUUCACAUUCUGCAAAGAUGAGGGAACUUUGAGGUCCGCAGUUGAGAGGAUGAAGGCAAAGCUGAAGAAAACCUGAAAGGGCGGGUCAGGAUCAAUCUCGAGCAAACCGUGUCGACAGACUAUAUUCUUUAUAACAUCAAGCAUCUGGAACCGGAGAUCAUCGGAUUCUUGAUCGUAAGUUUGAUGACGACGGUUCAACUUCCCAUGCAAUGAUGAUAUUCCAAUUGAUUUAUAUGUGAUAUGUUGCAAGUGUCGUCACAAAGACGCCAUAAUAAUAAGAAUAAUAGUUUGCUAAAUUUUUGUGGCUGUUCCAUGUUUUCUGGGGCACAUUUUCCAUAAGAAAAUUAAAAGGCAAAAGUGUCGCUUGGUAUCGAUUA